CUUAAAGGAGCACUUCGAGGAUACCACAGAGAAGAAUGAGGCAUUGCUGGGGGAGCUCUUCUCCAGCCCCCACCUGCCAACACUCCUAAGCCCUGAGUGUGACCCAUGGCCCCUGGACAUGCAGCCCCUUCUCAACAAUCAGAGUGAUGACUGGCAAAGGCCCAGCUCCUCUGCCAAGUCAGAGGAGGAGAAGGUGGCGGAAUUGGCCAGGCAGCUGCAGGAGAGUGCUACCAAGCUGCAGGCACUCAGGAAAGAGUGCUUUGCACAACAUAAGCCAGGGGCCACUGCAGGUGUGGCUGACACCAGCACCCUAGACCAGAAGCUGCGCCUGGUCGUCUCUGACUUCCACCAGCUCAUCUUGGCCUUCCUCCAAGUCUAUGACGAUGAGCUGGGUGAGUGCUGCCAGCGCCCACGCCGUGACCUGCACUCGUGCGGCCCCAUCAUCCAAGCCGUGUAUCAGACUCUGAUGUCCUGCAGCCAACUAUUGAAAGCAGUAAUGGAGGUCACAGAAACCUCUGCAAAAGCUGUGGAGAUGGUAAAGAAGCAGGAAGGAGAGCAGAUCUGUUGGGGCAGCAGGAGCUCCGUGAUGAGCUUAGCCACUAAAAUGGAUGAACUUACACAGAAAUACAAGAUCUUCAAUGACAGCCUGCACAAAGGCACAGGAUAGUAUGGGAACACAAAGUCCUCCCUGGAGCCAGUAUGGG